UUAUCUUAAUAUCGGUUUCAGUGUUCGUGUUAGCUGAUAUUGAAGUAGAAACUACACAUGGACGUGUUGCUGGAAGAGAUUUCAAAUCGAUAUUUGAAGAGAAAAAAUACCAUGGAUUUAUGGGGAUACCUUUUGCCGCCCCACCUGUCAAAGAUCUUAGAUUUAAGGCACCACAACCAAUGGAGCCAUGGACCGACGUUUUACAAGCUACAAAAGUAAAACCAGCCUGUGUACAGUUCAACACUAACUUUCGCAAAGGUCAAGCUUUAGGUCAAUACGGUCUUGAAGACUGCCUAUACCUCGACAUAUUUACUCCAGCCGUAGAUGAAAAUAAACGACCAGUUGUUGUAUUUUUGUACAGUGAACGACUUAAAAACUCAUACAAUAAAACUAAAGACUACGCUCCAGAUUUUUUUAUAGAAGAGGAUUUAGUCGUUGUGACAAUAAGUCAUCGACUAGCCAUGUUUGGGUUCCUAUCGUUUGAAGACAAUUCACUACCAGGUAACGCGGGAUUAAAAGAUAUUGUGGCAGCAUUAGAUUGGAUAUCAAAUAAUAUCAAUAACUUUGGAGGUGAUCCGGAAAAAGUUACUUUAUUGGGCGCUCAAGGAGGAGCUGUAGCGGUUGAUUUCCUUAUUCGUUCUAAAGCGAAAAAAUACUUUCGCUCAGCGAUACUUCAAAGUGGCACGUCACUAAACCCUGCAUAUUUGCAAGGAAACGCUCGUGAAAGAUUUUUCGAACUUGCCAAUUUAUUAGAAAUAUCCAGCUCAAGCAUCAGUCAGAUUUUAAAAGAAUUAAAUGAGAUUCCUGCUUCAAAGUUAUUUAACGUGGAACUAAGAGCUUCACCGCCCGAUUAUUUUAAAGAAACUCAGAAAAGUAUUCUAUCAUUCGGUCCAAUCGUUGAAAAGGAUGCAGAUGGACUUAUAACAGAAUAUCCUGAAAAUUCUUACGAAAAUAUAAACAUACCUAUUAUGGUCGGAUUCAACUCUCGAGAAGGAUUGGCGGCUUCUUAUAAAUAUCUCACCCAACCUCAUUCCCUCAAAUUCGUUGAAAAAGAUUUUCCGUUUUUAAUGCCUUUGCGAAUGAAGUUUAGAUUCGAUCCUCUUUCCGAAAUGUACUACGACGCCAUAGACGAUAUAAAGAAAUUUUAUUUUAAAGAAGGCAAGGUGACCAUAAAAAGUACUUCAGAAUAUGUGACUUAUGUCGGAGAUCUACAUUCUUAUUCUAUGGACAUGACGGCAAAAAUGUACGCUAAUAUAUCGUUGAGCCCAGUUUAUUACUAUCACUUUGACUUUUACAGUGAUUUGAAUGAGAAUAAGAAUGAUCUAUUGGCGAUGUCAGUGGUUGAAGAAGGUACUUGGGGCGCGGCGACUGGAGACGAACUGUGUUAUUUAUUCAGAUGUCCAAGUUUGAAAGAUAAAUAUGCAAAACAUAAACGAUUGGAAUCACACGAAUUGAUAAUGCAAAAGAAAAUCAUAAAGUUGUGGGCAAACUUUGUAAAAUACGGGAACCCAACUCCCAAGAACAAUAAUCCGUUGAACGAGAUUGAGUGGUCUCCUUAUAAUUUAAAAACAAAGGAAUACUUACUCAUUGGAAAGAAGUUUGAAAUGAAAAAGGAUUUAUGGGAAAGAAAGUUUACGUUCUGGGAUGAUUUUUUAAAUAAAUGGGAAAAGAGAGCUCAUAAAGACGCCAGUAGCAACAUUGAUAAACGUCUUACGAUUAGUAAAAGGUUUAACUUCGGAUUAAUAGAAGAAUUACAUCGAACGGUAUCACUAACACCAAGUUCAAUUAUCUAA